AUGAUUAUUGACAAUGAGAAAUAUUUUACAUUUUCAGGCGUUGAAAUGCCCAGUAUUGCAGGAUUUUAUUCUUCUGGCAAAGAAAAUACUCCAUCAGAUGUAAAGUAUAAAUCAAAACGACAAUUCAAGUCUAAAAUUUUGGUCUCGUUGGCGUUAUCCAGUACAGGCACUUCAACACCAUACAUUGAAAGAACAAAAGGACCAGCGGUUGAUGCAGACGUCUAUAUUUGUAAAUUUUUAACAAAAUUAAUCAAAUUUAUUAAUAAAUAUCAUAUAAAUGAUAAAUAUAUCUUUUGGCCGGACCUAGCCGGUUCACACUAUGCCAAUAAAACAACAGAUUGGUUGAAUGAACGAAAAGUAUCAUUUGUGCCAAAAGAUGUUAAUCCACCAAAUGUUCCCAAAGCUCGACCAAUCGAGGAUUUUUGUGGAGUACUGGCUUAG